AUGGAGCGGCGGGCGAAGGCAAGCGAGGUCGACGGCACGGCUGCCCACCGUGGCGCGCCACGCGAGUUCCUGGGUGCAGACACGGCGGAGAAGCAACGAGGUGGAGGCGACGACGUCGUCAACGAUGGUGGCGGCGCGGCGAAGCUAAAGGAGGACGAGAAGCAGAAGACGGCGGCGGAGGGGGUGAAGCCGCUGCCGCACAAGCAGGUUCCGCAGCCUAGCGAUGUGUACAACCCGGAGCUCGAGCGCCUCUGA